AUGCCUGUCAAGCCAAAGCGGGCGUCACUGCCGGCGUCGCUGCUGACGUCGCUGUGGAGCCUCAGCGUCAGUCUCAGCUUCUUCAUCGUCUUUUGCUGUGUCAGCGGCAGCAUCGCACAAGAUACCUCCAGCUAUUACUUUCCAUCACAAAAUCGUUUUGUGCCAUCCUCUGGCUCUUUCCCGCGCCAGCUGCAGCAGCAGCCGCAGCAGACACUUAAUGGCUUUCGCGGUAGCACAGGUGGCUUCUCGCCCGCACCGGGCUCAUACCAGGAGCAGCUCCUGUUCAUAGCCAAUGAGAACGGCAAUAGCAACAAGCAAACAGCGAUUACGACGAGCUCGCCGUAUGGAGCACCAUUUGGCGCUAGUCCACAAUUUGCCAAACCGAGCCGUCAGACGGACUAUUACGAUAUCUCGCCACGCCCCUUUGGUGUGCCUGUCAGUGGAGGCGGUGGCGCAACGACGUCCGUUUCUGGAUUUACACGCUCCAAGGCGAUACGCAAUGGCAGCGCCAGCGGUGCCAACAGCUUGGGGAGCAACCUGAGCGGGCUGCAGCCACAGACGCAGCGCGUCAAUGUGCCACACCAGCAGACGCAGUUUCUGGCGCACUUCAGUGAGGCAACGAACGAUAAGCGCCCGGUCUCAAGCAGCGCCGCUCAGCGUCCCUUUGGCAAUGGCGGCUUCUCGCCGAGCGCGACGCGCACACGCACUCAGGCACCGCCGCCCGCAGUGGAUGCCACGCCCCAGGCUGCGUCGCCGUAUCGGCUGCGCAAUCGCUUCCAGCCCUCGACCUCGACGGCCUCGUCGACAACCUCAGCGGAGGUGACCAGCAAGCGCUACAAUCGCUUUGGCAGCAAUCGGAACGCAGCGAAGUCAACGACGACGUCGACGACGACGAGCAAUCCCGGCUCAAGCACACAGAAUACGCCUGCCGAACGUCCGAGCUUUGGACGCAAGCCGGCCAGUCCACGUCGGCCUGUGUUCAUUAGCCGGGAGGUCAAUGAGCCCGUCAGUGUGGUCAGCAAGCGGCCCUUCAACUACAACAGCGCCAGGCUGAAGCUGCCCCGGCCCACGCCCAGCACAACCAGCACGACGGAGGGCGUGAGUCCAGACGAGGCUGAGGAUGAGCUGUACGAUCAGGAUACGCAGGAGCAGGAACUGGAUCAGGCAGAACACGAGGAGGCCUCAAGCCUGGAGAAGCUGCCUCUGCAGGAGGAGACAAUAGCACCGGCAACAGCGAGCAAAACAGAGGCCAGCCAGGACCAAACUCCGCCCGCCUCCUCCGAAGCAGCUGCAGUGGAAACGGCGACCAGCCAGGAAGCGGACUAUGACAAAUCCAGCAUCAGCAGCACAGAGGAAGCCCAGACAGACUCCUCGGAGGCACAAGACCCGACGGAGGAGACAACGCUGUCAAGUGCAGCGCAUGAGUACGAAUAUGUUGAGGACGAGGAGAAGGCCACAACAGCUAUAUCCAAAGAGCAAGUCGAGGAAGUGCAGUCCACAGAGGAACAGCAAGCAGAGAUGGAGAACCACACCACGGAGCUGCCAGUGGAGACGACGCCUAGCAGCAGUAUUCCCACGCAACAGACGCCGGAGACGCCAAAGGAGAGCGCAGCCCAGCAGGAGGAUGAAGUCGAAUACGAUGAUGAGCUGGGCGAAGAAGGUGCUGAUGAAUACGAAUACGACGAAGAGGAGGAAGAAGAAGUGGAUGCAGAAGAAGCCAGCGAGGAGAACAGCAACAAUGAAAACAGGGCGACCACUGAAACGGAGCCGCAGCAGGCGAACAGCAAGGAGCGUGAACAUGACGACGAACGGGAAAUAAUUUCGGUGGUGACUACGAAGAGCGUUGUCAAUGGCUCGACGGCUUAUCCGGCACCAGUGACGCCUAGCAGCUUGGGCAGCACACAGAGCGACAGCCAGCCGGCACCGCAGCUCGAUGAGGAUCAGACGGAGCUAAGUAAUGUGAUCAAUACGACUCCGCUGCCCACCGAGGAGGCAGCCACGCCCAAUGUAACCGAGAGCUAUGUGGUGGUGGCCUCGAUACAGACGAGUCGCAGCAUCAACGGAGCUCGCUUCCUGCCCUUCCCGGCCAUUGAGCAGGAGGAGACGAAGCAAACGCUCUCCGAGCUGGAGCGAAAGGUGCACUCGAAGCAUCAGCAGAAGCAGACAGACCCCAGUGAGAGCAGUGAGGAGCCCAGCUCGACGACGCCCACAACAACAUCGGCUCCGUCAACAUCAUCGUCCAGCACAACGGAGAAACAGCUGCCCGUGCAGGGCGCCUCGACGGAGAGCAUCAUCGAUAAGCUAGAUCGCGUGCAAUCGGAGCUGUCGAGUGGCGUGCUCUCUGGCAAGUAUCCCAUCAUUAGCCAAAUGGACUCGUCCACUCCCGCCAGCCUCAUGACAACGGGCUCGGGACGCUUUGUGCCCCACAUACGAAAGUUCCAGCCACGCACCACCUCGGCGCCCAGCACCACCAGCAGCGGCGGCAGUAAAGUGAAGGUGCACCACUACGAUGAGAGCGAAAUGGAUGAGCUAGCCAGCCUGUUGCCGGUGGGCUUCAAGCCCAAGUCGAGCUAUAAGAACCGCAAGAUAACGACCACCACAACGACGACAACGGAACCACCGGCCCAAGAGCAGUCGAAGAAGCCGGGCCGUAACUCCACCAUCAGUCGCUCCUUCAAGAAUGGAGUUGUCACCGUGCAGGAUGUUACGCUGGCAGGGCUCCUGCCCAAGGGCUACAAGCCACCCAGGACGACACCGUCGACCACAACGACGUCUAGCCCCGACCAAAGCACCACCAAGGCGGCAGCUGUGCUGGAGAGCCUGUUCGAGGAAAUCAAGUUCGAUGAUAGCCUAGCAGCGCUGCUGCCCAAGGACUAUAAAUUGAAUGCGACCUCAACGAAGCCAGAGAUUGUUGUGGUCGAGGACAUUUCCAAGUUUUUGCCCAAGGGAUUUAAUCUCUCAACGACGACAACAACAACAACAACCACUCAGAGAUCGCCCGCAGUUGCAGUUCCCUUCGACGAUCUGAGCAAGUUUCUGCCGCCUGGCUACAAAGCGCCAAAGGAGAAGGAUGAACCCAAGCUGCCAAUUGCCAUCACUCCACUGAAGAUAGACGAUAUUAGCAGCCUGCUGCCGCCUGGCUUCAAGCUCAACGGCACCAGCAAGCCCAAGCUGAAAGUGGCUGCCGAAGACGAUGAGCUGCUGGCGUCGCUGCUGCCACCGGGUUACAAGCCGAAGCCCGUCCAUCCCGCUUCGACGACGACCACAACGACCAGCAAGCCAGAGCCCAGCACCACCGAGAAGUCGACAAACGAGAGCAGCUCCGGUGGCGGACUUAAGGUUGUCUUUCCCAAGGGCUUCCACAAGCGCCUGGGCUCCCAUCGACUGACCACGCCCCACACACCACACGAGGGCAGCGAAGGGGCACCGUCAUCGCCGCCUGUGGUGAUCAAGAAGGGUCCCCCGACACGCGCCACCACCGAAUUCACUGGCUGGCCCACGCCCCCCACCACACCGCUGUCCAUAGACAAGCUGAAUGCGCAGACCAUCAACUUUGAGGAUCUGCUGACUGCAGCUGGAUCCAGCUCGACCACAAGCACCACCACUACAACAACGACCACUACGACGACCACAACUGCCAGGCCCACAAAGCCGGGCCAUUGCACCGCUGACUGUGACUUGGAGGCAACUAUCAAGAUUAUCGAUGGCGUCGCCUGGAAGCCGGAGCUAUUGGAUCACAAUACACUCGAGUGGAAGAAUCUAGCUCACGAGCUAGAAGCACAGCUCAAUGAGGUCUACUCCAAUGCUCCACAGCUAAGCAAGUGGUAUAAGAAAGUGCGCAUCGAUAGCUUCAGCGAAGGCAGCGUAUUGGUGGACUAUUACGUGGAGCUGGCAAAUAUUACCGAGGAUGUGGAUACUCUGGAGAUUAAGCAGCUAUUCCACGAUGCCCUAACCAAGCCAACAACGCCGCUGUUGCCCGAAAAGGAUGCGCAGGAGAACGAAACGGAUAGUGUGUCCGGGCCGCAGGAGGAGCAGCUAGUCAAGGCCAGCUACCAAAUGGGCAAAUUUGUCAUUGAUCCAAUGGCUACCGAAUUCAGUGUCAUUGCCAAAAAUUUGCACACCAAUGUGGAGUUUGCCGAGGAUGAUCUGCCCAUUCCACAGUGGGCAAUUGUCGUCAUUGUCAUAGGCGUUGGUUCGCUUGUCUUUGUCGUGAUAUUUGGUGUCACAGUGCUGCUUAAUCGUCAGAAGCGCGCUAAAAAGACUCCGAUUCCACUGACCAAUGACAUGCUAAAUGAGCUAAAGGUCAAUCACAUGGGCGGUGCAGACAACUAUGGCGUUGAUGACUUUUACAACAUAGACGAUCCCUGGAACGAUACCAAGCAGCCCAUUAAGCCAAAGCGUUUCACCAAUUCCAUGCAUGGCAGCAAUAGCUCGAACAUCUACGAUAGCUGGCGCUCGACUCGUCAUCCAGCACCCAGCAGUGGCGACUAUUUCUAUGAUCAACAGCCCACGUAUUCGCAGAAGGGCGACUCUCUGAAGCGGGCGACGCCACAGAGUCAUCAUCAUCAUCACCAUCAUCGGCAGGAGCAGUAUCCUGCAGGACAUCAGCAGAGCUAUGGACAUCAAUAUCCGGACGCCUUUGCUGAUGCGCAUCAGAUGUACAGUUACAACAAUCACGCGAGUCGAACGCGUUACGCCCGCGACUACGAUCCAGAUUUUUAGUUUAGUCUCCCAGCCACCCCAAGACUAACCAUGCUCUAGCUUUAGAAAAUUGCAACUGAUUCGGUAGUUGCGACUUAAUAGCUUAAACUUUAUACGUAUGAGUAAAUUAUAUAGCUGCUCAGUAACAUAUUUACACACUAAAUAAGUAUAAGGCAGGUUUCUAUAUACUAUAUAUACUCAUUAUAUCUGUGAGUUGGCUUAGCUUAUGGAGCUGUCCCUUAUACACCUAAUUGAUGUCAAUCAUCUAUAUUGUUUACUAAAUCGAAAAUACUUGUUCUAUAUGUAACAUACAUAUAUGGGACAUAGGAGGUCGCAUGUGAGCUUCCAGAAAUAAAUAGUCAUGCACUUUUAGUUAAUGCUAGAUUGUAAUUAUAUUGUAGUCACAUUGAAUAAUUUAAUUACUGGCGGCAUAAUAUAUUACCAUUCACCCAACUUUAUAUGUAGACAAUAAAUAAAAGAUUAAUUAUAUAUUUAA